UAGGAAGUGGAAGCCGAGGUGACAGUCGGUUCAACAAGCUAGCUUCGGGUCCAUAAAUCUGAGGACGUCGUACACAUCUGCUAUGGUUUAGGCGUAGGAAAAUACACAUGGACUGCAACGACCACAAAUGAGGCCGAGUCGUUUUUAGGAAGAAAAGAGGCCUGGUACAUUUUAGCAGCUGAGGUUUGACCAAAUCACUGUGACUUAACCUCUUCACAUUUUCAGACUUUUGAGUCAUUGACUGGAAACUUGACAUAAAAUAGCAAUCAUGACUACCCAUGAGCCAGACGUUCACACCAUCACCCCGGAGAUGCCGGCCAUGUUUGACGGCAUGAAGCUGGCGGCGGUUGCCACGGUGCUCUACAUCAUUGUCCGCUGCCUGAACCUCAAGAGCCCCACCGCGCCCCCUGAUCUCACUUACCAGGACACACCCCUCAACCGCUUCCUCCUUAAAUCCUGUCCUCAGCUGACCAAAGAGUACAUUCCUCCCUUGCUAUGGGGAAAGAGUGGUCACCUGCAGACAGCGCUUUAUGGGAAACUUGGUCGGGUUAGUUCACCUCAUCCCUGUGGAAUCAGGAAGUACUUACCCAUGCAGGAUGGUGCCACCUCCACCUUUGACCUCUUUGAGCCACUGGCGGACCAUCGAACUGGAGAUGACAUUACCAUGGUGAUAUGUCCCGGUAUUGGUAACCAUAGUGAGAAGCAUUACAUCCGUACCUUUGUGGAUUACUCCCAGAAGGAGGGUUACCGCUGUGCCGUGCUGAACCACCUGGGAGCGCUUCCCAACAUCGAGCUUACCUCCCCACGCAUGUUCACUUAUGGGUGCACGUGGGAGUUUGCAGCCAUGGUCGGAUACAUCAAGAAGACGUAUCCCCAGACCCAGCUGAUUGUCGUGGGCUUCAGUCUGGGCGGCAACAUCGUGUGCAAGUUCCUGGGCGAGAACAGGACCAACCAGGAGAGAGUGCUGUGUUGUGUCAGCGUCUGCCAGGGCUACAGCGCUCUCAGGGCCCAGGAAACCUUCCUACAGUGGGACCAGUGCAGACGCUUCUACAACUUUCUCAUGGCUGACAACAUGAAGAAAAUUAUCCUCUCACACAGGACAAGCCUGUUUGGGGGAAGCUCAGCUAAAAUGAUGGACGCAGACCUGAGUCGACUGUACACAGCGACCUCCCUCAUGCAGAUAGAUGACAACAUCAUGAGGAAAUUCCACGGCCACAGCUCUCUCAAAGAGUACUACGAGAAGGAGAGUUGUGUACAUUAUAUUCACAAUGUAAAUGUGCCACUGCUGCUAGUGAACUCUGCAGAUGAUCCUCUGGUUCAUGACUCGCUCCUCACCAUCCCUCGCACACUAUCAGAGAAGAAGCAGAAUGUGAUCUUUGCCCUGACGCUACACGGAGGCCACCUGGGUUUCUUCGAGGGGGCAGUGCUCUUCCCCCAGCCCCUCACCUGGAUGGACAAAGUGAUUGUGGGCUAUGCCAACGCCAUGUGCCAGUGGGAGAAACAGAAACCGCCAUGCCAAAAUGGGCACCUGAGUGAGAGCUCCUGCGCCGAGGAAAAAGCUUAAACUUUAAGUUCUGUCUCCCUCUCCCACACUCUCUCCCACCCCACCCACCAUGAUUCUAGCACUGAGGAGACACCUUGAACCAAACCUUGAACUGCAGUCUCUCCUUUGCCUUCUCCUCUAGUGCUACUCACCGCUACCACCCGCCACUCCCGUCACACCCCUGUUCCCAUGCCUUCACCACCGUACUCCUUUCUAACCACCAUCACCUUACAGUGUGUGAGGAAACAAAAAACACAGCUAACUGCCUUUGUGCUCUUUUCUACCAUGAGGGAUCUUAAUGCAGAGCAGAAACAUUUCGCCUCUGCGUGUACACAGCGAUGAUGAUGAUGGUCCCUGGCUAUGUUGAAGGCACCGACCAAAUCCAAAACGAGAUGAGGCUGUGUAUGCAUUGUAGUUUGAAGGAAAAAAAAGAAAAAAAGGAAAAAUGGGAGCACCAUGUUAGAGUAGUCCAAUGAAAAUAAGAGCACAGAAGAAGCCUCAGAGUACACAGGGACUGUGCUGCAGUCGGUGUCCAUGUACUGUACCUGUGUGGAGCGCACUGCUUCUCACCGCCAAGGCCAUAGCCUAGUCUGCUGUCUUAACCAACACAGCGUCUUUGUACUCUGUAUCUAACUCACAGAUACUGUGUGUGUGUGUGUGUGUGUGUGUGUGUGUGUGUGUGUGUGUGUGUGUGUGUGUGAGCGAGCGUGUGUGUGUGUGUGUGUGUGAGCGAGCGUGUCUGUGUGUGUCUGUGUCUGUGUGUGUGUGUGUGUGUGUGUGUGUGUGUGUGUGUGUGUGUAGGAGAGUUUUAAGACCCGUGACGGAGCAUGUGAUCUUUUGUGUCUGAUUGGUGUGAUCUAAAGCCUCUGUUCAUGGUCUGUCGGCCCUAAAUGUUCUUUUGGUUGAACUGUUGGCUCUGUUCUUUGUGGAAAAUUCAAUAAUUAAGUAUUAUGGUGGAGUUUACACUUUUAUUUUUCAGCUCAUACCCUCCCACUUCCUCAUGCUUGGAGUAUGUAUCACCGUAGGGCACUUAAAAUGAUGGUGUCAUUUUGUUACCGCAGAGUUCAUUGCUUAUCAGACCUGACCAGGGGUAGACCUCCAAUGGAAUCCAUGCACAUUCCUACUGUCGCAUUGUUUCACUUUGAUUCAUUGCACUUUACACCCCAAAUGCCACAAUUUUCUUUCCGUUUUUUUCCCCGGUCAGUGGGCAUGGAGAUUAUUGCUGGUUGUAAAUUUAGUUUUCUGUGCCACCGAUGAAAGAAAUAAGAGGCAGAACUAGAGGGAGAGAGGACAAUAACGUAAAGUUAGGUGACUCAGAUGAUCCCCCUGUUCAAACCAGGCCACGUGGUCCUCCGUUGUCUGCGUCCUUUAAGCCUAACUACUCUUUCAUCUGCCUUUGAUCAGCUCCAGGUCUGGCCAGCACUUGCAGCUGACAUGAUUUCAUCUUCCCACAGCACAGACAGCUCACUGCCA